UUUCAAGCAAUGUACGCACGUUACUAUGGUUCCCAAUCGGGUAAUCAAGAUAUGUGAUUGACGUAUCUGGAUUGAACACCUCCAUUGCAUUGACGAUUGGUUACGAAGAUAUUUUAUAACUUCACAUUUUUUUUGUUAUAAGAAAAAAAUAAAGACAAAUCAAACCUUUAUUCUGAUAAAGUAGACUUCCAAGAUGUCUGCAGCCCAAGCGGUUCGCCGACCCCGCAUCCAGCAGGCGAGAACGCACGAUUAUUUGUAUGAUCCCAUUUACACAUUGUCUAGUGAGAGGGACCAUGGCAGAGCUACAUUCAAAGCUAAUACAACUGUGGAAAGAGUGGGCCGUGUCCCCCAGUUCAACACCAUGUUCAGUUCAUUACGUCACUUCCCGAGGUUCAACGUACGUCUGGAUCCCACCGACCCGGUACCUCGAUUUGUCUCCAGGCAAUGGAGAGGCUAUGCUGAUCAGGCCAAGGAGGCGCUUGUCAGAUACAAGACAUUCAACUAUGCUCCGGACCUGAAGAUCCCCACCGUUCACCAUGCCAAUGCUGAUGUCGGAGGUCAGAAUCGCUACAAGUAUUUCAGGCGUCCCAUCAUUCCAUUCCUUCAGCAAGUGCCACCGGAAUUCGUCAUGGACAACUCAUUGGCACGCAUGGGUGGCCAGACCGACCAGGUGAUUCAAGAGCGAGCCCCGACCCCGCUCCAUCGGACCAUUGAGAUCCAGACAGACUACAGGGAGAGUGAGACUCAGACGGAUCCUUACACCCCGGAGUACGUUGUUAGGCCUGGAUCUCAGCCCGAGCUUCUCACAUUGGCAACUCUCUCCUUCGGUCAUGGUUUACCGGCUGGUCUCGCUGAGGUUGAGAUGAUCGAGAGGGCCAGGGCCAAGAGAGAAUGGGAAGCUACCUUACCACCUCUGAGUGAUGUCACCCAGCUGGAGAAGAGGAAACAAAUGAUGGAUGAGAUGGAAAGGAAAGAGUGGACUCUCAGGGAACAAGAGAUUGAAAAAUUGCAGGAAGCCAGACUGCAGCUUCUGCAGAAGAUCUUGAAGGAACGGGAAGAGAACCAUGCCAAGCUGAGUGCGAAGAGAUUGGAUAAACUAUGGGCUAAGAAGCAGCAGGAGAGGGAAAGGAAGGUGGCUUGGAUCAGAAAGGAGCAUGUCAAAUCUAUACGUAAGCUCACCGAGAAGAGAAGGAAUGUUGAAGGCAAGCUUGAGAGACGUGAUAUCACCAAGGAUUAUUCUGCCUUCGCUUCCGAGGCCUACGCUCCCAGGACCAGGCAUGGCGUGUUCCUGGACAAAGGCUCUGAACAGUAUACAGUCAAAAGCAAAUAUAUCACUACCUAUCAAGGUUUAUUGGAGCUAGAGAACUCCCUCCCAGACUUUGUGACCCAGCCGAGAGUGAUUGCACCAAAACCUAAAUCCUCGGGCAAGGCUGGGUUCAUUAAGCGACAGCAACGGAGACAGAAUGAACUCAAUGAAAUCUACAAAGGCAUACAAAGUAAACCCGUUGCCAAAGACUUAAGAAAAGUGAAAAGCACUAAAGGAAUUAAGGAUCAGAAGAACAAGGGGGUGGAGUCUCCUAAACCGCUCAAGUUCCUUCAAAAGAUUGAGAAACCAAUCCCGAGACCGCCUACACCAUCCGUUGAAGUACCUGAUUUGAUUGAAGAGGAGAGAGAACUAGCCAUCAUCUUCCUUCAACAAGUUAUCCGAGGUAGAGCUACCCAAAACAUGAUGUUUGAAGGCAAAGAGAAGCGACAGGAGCUAAUCAAUGAACUGAGAAGCACACACGCCUUACAGGAAGCUGAACAACAGAUAAAGAAACAAGAUAGACAAGCCACCCUCAAUAUCCAGAGACAGAGACAAGUACAUGAUCAUAGGGAAUCCUUCAUCGAUGAGGCCAUGUCGAAGCUAGAGGGCGCCGCACUGGGUGACAUGCUCGACUUCCUGAGCAAGGAGUUAGUCCGGCUCCAGGAGGAGAGGAGGAUCCAUGCCUUCGCCAUGCUGGCUGAGAGACGACGCAGGGUCAGGGAGGCUGAGGAGUCCGGCAGGAGACAGGUUGAGGAGAGAAGGAGACGGGAAGAAGAUGAGAUCUUCAAACAGUUGGUCAAGGUUCAUCAGAACACCGUUGACACUUACCUUGAGGACAUCAUCCUAACCUCACUGGACAAGACGGCCGAUGACCAAGCCAGGAUGGAGGUACAAGAGAGGGCGGAGCAGGUCAAUGAGAUGGCUUACCUAUCGGAACAGAGAGGUGAGCAGAGAGAGACCGUCGCUGAACUGGUCCAGAUGUUCCUUCUGCCUGAAGUCCAGAAAAUCACUAUCAGAGAAAAAGUGAAACAGGAGCAACGCAAGCACCUUCUAGCAGCACAUGGCACCAUACACAAAGAAGCCGAGUCCGUCAUUGGUUUACACUCUAAGCCUCUUAGAGCACCAAGCACUGAUGAAAAACCUCCUUCUAGGCCAACCUCUGCCUCCAAGACUGCAAGGAAGACGCCCUCUCCAACGGGUCAAAAGGUCAGCUCUCGGCCGCCCAGCGGUUCAGGAAUAGGUCAAGGGUCAUCAAAGGGGUCGCGACCUAGUAGCGGCAGGAAGGGAUCGGCUGGCGGAUCCCAGAAAGGAAGCAGGGCGGGUUCCCCAAAGCCUCCUACCUCUCAACAACACUAGCGUUUAUUCUUCAAAUUCUCCUUUCUUCAAGUUUGUAUAGCGUUAAGAAAUCACCAUCAUCAUCACCAGCUCCACCAUCAUCACCACAGCAAGAUAGCAAACCAACCAUGGAGAGUCAGGAACCAACACAAGCACCACCAUCCAGCUCACCAGCACCACCAGCAGAUGACCAAGUACCACAAGCAGAUGACCAAGCACCACCUGUAGAUGCACCAAUGGACACAUCUAAUCAGCCACAGGCACCGGCUAGUAGUGAAGAGGCACCAAUGGAGGGUGUAUCUGAACAAUCACAGGAACCGACCAGCAGCGAAGCUCCUCCAGAGGGCAUGCCUGACCAGCAACAGGCACCGAUUGAGGGAGAAGGGACACCAGCCGAAGCAGCUCAGCAGGGAGAAUCACCAUCAGAGAUGCAACAAGAUAGUAACGAAGGUGGCACCACGGGUACCGAGCAGAAGCAAGAACCAGACACCAAUGAAGAUCAGGCUGGUGUACCCACUGAGACCCCAGCUGCACCAGAAGAAGACACUGUGCAAGCACCGGAAGCACCAGCUCAGGGCGAAGGCACCGCAGAACCAGCAGCAGUACCAGUGGAGGAAGCAGCAAAGCCACCAUCUGAAGAUCAGCAAGGCAGCAAGGAAGGGGAAGAAGUUCAAGCUGAAGUUAGACAGAAAACUGAUUCUGCUACACAAGGAGAGCGCUAAAUCUUUUGGUGUCCAUGUUUUCACUAAGAAUUAUCUGUAAAACUUUGUUUACGUCCCUCAAUUUUGAUUUUAAUUACUUACCUGAUUUCAGGUAUCUUUGCAAAGUCACAAUGAAGAAAUAUCAACUAUAUACAGGAGUUCUAUUUACCCGAUUAAACCCUCCUAUUUUUUAUAAUACGAUAAAGGGAAUCCACAAACUUGACGUUGGGAAUUGAAUAAAGAAUGCAGAUAUAUGAAUAUGACACAUUUUCAUUGCAAGUUUUGUCAGGUUGGUAUAUAUUUCAGAAAUUGUGGUGCUGCCUUUUGUAUAUUAAUGAGACCAGAUGCUGGAGUUGAAAAGAGAUUUCAUACAUCCUCCAUUUUCAAAUGGAUGGGAAGACACCCCAAUAACAAAUUCUUACAGACAAAAAAGUGAAGACAGAAAACAAAAUUAAAAGAAAAUAAUAAGAUAUUUCUUACAUUUCAUAAGAUUCAUUUACAAUGCUCACUUACAUUGGAUUAAGAUUAAAACAAUGUUGGAUUUGAUAGCAAAAUUCAUAUCAUCGUGUGAUGAAAUGUUGAUAAUUCUCAGGCAUAUUGGAGUUCUCUCAGUUUAAACAGAUAGAUCUGUUUUGGUAGACUUAGACAUACGUGUAUGAUUAAAUUCACUAUUUCACCAGUCGCAAGAUGUGGUAUGAAAUAGAUUGUACUAAUGACUGUUGAAAAUUGCAUUCCCCUGAUCACUGCAGUAGGUAUUAAAAAGAUCUAAUAACUGCUGAAAAGUGUAUUUCACUCAUUGUAGUAGGUAAUAUAAUGUACUAAUGACUGCUGGUUAGUGUAUUUUACUAAUUGCAGUAGGUAAUAUAAUGUACUGAUGACUGCUGAAUAGUGUAUUCACCAACCAUUGCAGUAGGCAAUAUAAUGUACUAAUGACCGCUGGUUUAAUGUAUUUCACUGAUUGUAGUAGGUAAUAUAAUGUACUAAUGACUGCCUGAUAGUGUAUUUUCACUGAUAGAAAUUGUACUUAUAACCGCUGGAUAGUGUAUUUCACCAAUCACUGCAGCAAAAAAUAGUCAUCACAGCUUCACCUUGAUUUGUCUAUAGAGCUGUACAAAAAUUUGAAGAAUGUCUGUGUGAUGUAAAUUAUCUAGUAUCUAUAUAGAUUUGUAGUGUUGUCUGCUUAUCGGCUGGUUCAUUGUAUGGCACUUUAGAAAUUUUCAAACAGGGGAGUGUUUCACAAAGCAACUCUUCAAUGAUUUUCACUGACAAAAUUGCAUUGUGCCAAUCAGAUGCAAGGAUUUCAGUAGCUUAUAACAAUAGUCGAUGAAAAUCACUAUUUGUUUCAUGAAGCGCUUCCCAGAUGCAAAGCAUGUGUUAUUUAUUUAUCCAAAGUCGAGUUUCGUCCAAGAUGAACCACAAAGUGUGGGCCAAAUAGAUUUGAAUCAGGCAGGCUUACCUUCAUUACAGUUAUGUAAUUGAUUCUAUACACUGCACAUUUUUGCAUCUUGGAACACAUUGCUAAGCAUACAUGCGUUUCCAGUUUACAAUUGAUGUGUUAUGAACAUGUUACAAGCAAAUGUCAGAAACUUAUUUCAGUCGAUGUUAAGCUAGUGUUCAAGCCAAAGUGCUAUCAGGACACCGUCUUACAAAAAGUCACUAUUGAUCCAAUCAACCACAACUAUGGAAAGCCAGCAAGGCCAACAUCUAAAAUGCAUGUUUGCUCAAAUCUUUUCGAGAUGAUGAUGUAUACUCACACAUUCAUUGCGUCGGCGCAUCGUGGUCUAGUGGUUCUGAAUCUCGCCUUUCAAACAGAGGGUCGUGGGUUCAAAUCCUAGCCAUGUACAGCAAGAAAUUUAUCCACACUGUGCUGCACCCGACCCAGGUGAGGUGAAUGGGUGCCCAGCAGGAUUAAUUCCUUGCAUGCACUGAGCGCCGGUGAUGGUAACUAGAGCUAAAGCCGGGGUAUCAAUAGCAAGCGCUCUGUAUGCUCAGGCAAAGAGCGCUAUAUAAAUCCAGCUAUUAUUAUUGUUGUUGUUUUAACAAUUCAGUGUUUUUACUCUUAGUUUACAAAGGAUAUUGUGCUAAUUUUCUGUAGGAAAAAUUAUGACAAUGAUGGAUUUCCAUAUAGUUGAGAUUGAUGGGAUCAAUCGCAAAUCUUUGUAAAACGGGACCCAGACAUGUCACUCGUUCUACAAUCACAAGUUACGAGAAGCUGUUGUAAGCUACUGAAAUUCUGAUAGCUGAUUGUCCUAGAGAAACUUUAUCAUAGAAUUCUAGCAUCUGUCAUUGAUACCAAGCUCUAAGGGAGAAGUUAGCAAUUAACUCAUCUGCAAGUUGAUGGCAAUGGGGAAAUUCUUAAGCUUACAUAUUUUUUCUUAAAAAAAGGGAAAAAAAUCACAAACUUGGAACUCACUUUCUCAACUUUUCCUGUAGUUGUCUAUUUGUCUAUCAAGUGAGUCAGUAAAAAUUUACACCUGAAAAAUUUCAAAUAAAAAAAAAAUUAUUCCAUGAACACUAAACUAUAUAUCUUGAAAGAGUAUCUUCUCUCAAAUAUUUUGAAAUCAUUUUUAUGUGGCAUGUGUUUACGCUUGAAUACAUCCUGAUCAUCAGAGCGUAAACAUAAUAAUAAUAAUGAUAGGCAUUUAUAUAGUGCCAUCUAUCUAGAAAUAUUCUAUUUCGUGGCGCAUUGUUUAUUAUUAUUAUUAUUACCCCAGCUUCAGCUCGAGCUGCCUUUCAGCACUCGGUGCAUUCUAGGAAUUAAUCCUGCCGGGUGCCCAUACAUCUUUUGUAGAUGAUUUUGAAUUAUUUGGGAGAGGAUGCUCUUCUUUCAGGAUAUAUGUGUUCAUAAUAAGACAUUUACUGAAUUAGCAAUGUUCAAGGUGUAAAGUGUUUUUCUGACUCACUGGCCCGUAUUCUAAACUCGGGUUUAAAUUAAACCCUGGUUUGAAGUUGUGGUUUAACUAUGGAGAGCAAAUUAGGGCACAAAUCUCUAUUAGUACUUUAGUAUAUUAGUAUUUAUUAACUGUUAUGGCACUAAAACCAUUUAGAACUUUCUUAGAUAACACCUGAAAUAUUUUCUUUAUUAUGAAAGCAAAGGGAAUCAAAAUAGUAAAUAUAAGAAAUAUACAAUAUAAACAGAAUUGUUUAGCUUUUGGCUUCCCAUAAUUUGAGACCAGACUUAGACCAUGGUUUAGGUUAAACCCGACUUUAGAAUACGGACCACUCAGUUUAACUUUAUUUUGUCUUUUGUUUAUUGUCCUCUAUUUCUCUGUGUUGUGCCCUGAGAGUUGAUAUAACCUGGGCAAAGCCAGCAUUUGUAUUUAUCAGAUAAUCCAUCCAUUUUGUAAAUAUAAUUUGUAAAUAGAUAUAUAUAUAUUAUUGAAAAAAGUGUUAUGCAUUAUGUGUCUUUGGGAAACAAAUAUUGUUAUGUUUAUACUAUUUUCAUUUGAACAUUUGACCAUGGAUUUACAUUUUGUUCUGAAUACUCUAUUAUUUGGCCCAAUAGUGUUGUGAUGCUUCUAUUAUAAUUCAUAGAUGUAUGUAAAAAGCAUUUAUGAGGCGCUGAUUAUCUAGCUGCCUAUUCCAUGGCACACUAUAUAUUACCCCGGCUACAGCUCCAGCUGCUAAAGAUGAAAGGAAACAAGAAAAACUUGACUUAAAUGAAAAAAAAUGAAAUGAAUUCAUGUGAACUGGGAAAAAUAGAUUUCAAACAAAUAUAUCAUGUCAAGAACAAGAUGAUAUCUACUUUAACAUUCUUCUAUUUUAGAA